AUGAAUAGUAUUCAAGAAAAUGAACAUGUAACAGUUUUUAGAGAAUUUUUAAAAAUUAGAACUGAUCAUCCAACUCCAGACUAUGAAAGUUCAACAAAAUUUUUAGUUGAAAAAGCAAAAGAAUAUAAUAUUCCAUAUGAAGUUUACAGAGAAACUGGUACACCAAUUGUCUUAAUGAAAAUUGAAGGAUUAGAACCAAAUUUAAAAACAGUUUUAUUAAAUUCACAUGUUGAUGUUGUACCAGCAGUUCAUGAUUCAUGGAAAGUUGACCCAUUUUCAGCAUGGAAAGAUGAGAGUGGUAAUAUCUUUGGAAGAGGUACUCAAGAUAUGAAAUGUGUUUGUAUGCAAUUUUUAGAAGUAGCUCGUAGAAUCGUACAAAGUGGUCAAAAGUUAAAGAGAACUUUACAUCUUUCAUUCGUGCCAGAUGAAGAGAUUGGUGGUUCUGGUAAAGGUAUGGAGAAAUUUGUUUACACUGAAAAGUUUAGACAAUUAAAUAUUGGUUUAUGUUUAGAUGAAGGUUUAGCAUCACCCACUAAUGAUUUCACUGUUUUCUAUGGUGAAAGAGCUCCAUGGUGGGUUCAUAUAACUGCUGUUGGCAAUGCUGGUCAUGGUUCAAGAUUUAUUGAAGGUACUGCAAUUGAAAAAUUAAUGAGAACAAUUAAUAAAAUGUUAGCAUUUAGACAAGAACAAUUUGAAAGUCUUCAUCAUGGUCAACAUGAAUGUGGUAAGAAAUUGGGAGAUGUUACAUCAUUGAAUUUGACAGUAUUAAAGGCUGGUAUUCCAAUUGAUCAUAGUAAUAACUUUAGUUAUAAUGUUAUUCCAACCCAAGCUGAAGCAGGUUUUGAUAUUCGUAUUCCCCCAACUGUAAAUCUAGAUCAAUUUUUAGAUCAAAUUAAAGAAUGGACAGCUGAAGAAGGUUUAUCAUUUAAAUUUGCAAGUUAUAUUCCAAAGAAUGAAAUGACAAAAUUAGAUUCUGAUAAUAAAUGGUGGGAAAACUUUAAAGAAUCCUGUAAAAAAAUGGAUAUUAAUCUUGUUACUGAAAUUUUUCCAGCAGCAACUGAUUCUAGAUUUAUUCGUAAUCUUGGAAUUCCAGCUUUUGGUUUUUCACCAAUUAAUAAUACACCAAUUCUCUUGCAUGACCACAAUGAAUUUUUAAAUGAAAAAGUUUAUUUAAGAGGAAUUGAUAUUUUUAUGGGUAUUAUUCCAAAUUUAGUAAAUAUGGAAUAA